AUGCAAUUCACCAACCUCUUCUUCGACAUCCUCGCCACUGCUACUGCAGUCUCUGCAGUCCCAACUCCCGUAGACCCGCGCUCCCCACCAACCAUUCUUCCCAAGAACAUUGAAGGCUUCCCGCCCAACGACUGGGAAUGCAAAACGAGCCAAAAGAAGCCCACCACUGUGACAUUCUCCGGCCAGUACAUCAAAGACACAGUCGAGUUUGGCCUGCAGCUCCGCGACAAUGGUGACAACAAAGCCGGCAACAGCAAGUACCCAGAGUUCUUCACGCACCCAGAGUCAAUCCCCGGUUUGGAGGGCUACGCCGGCGAGACCAACAUCGAUCACUUUCCGCUCAACUAUGACGGCAAGACGGUGUUUACCGGCGGCACACCCACCAGCGAUGCAAGGGUUGUGUACCAGCACACGGUGAAAUCUGAUAAUGCAAAGUUCAUUGGUGUGUGGACGCAUGCGGGCAGGAAGGAUGGCAAGUUUGAGAAGUGCACGGAGAAGUAA